GUGAGUGGUUGUACCGUGAUGGGGCCUUGAACCUAAUCGUGUUUUGUACCCAUUAGUUUAGUAGGGCUCUCAUAGUCAUUAAGCGCAUCUGUGAGGCUUGCAUCGAAUCGCUCGUCCCUGGAUAGUAAAAUGUCGAUUUGAGCUUUGCUGCAUUUAGGCUUGUGGGUGGCACUCCUCAAUGUAUUGUCUCCUCCGCUGUCACGGUUGUGGGUGCCAAUAAACUUUUUGAAGAUGAAUUGGUCUUGAGAUAUGUAAUAUGCUUGAAUCAUUCUGGGUCGCGUGCGUUGUGGAGCGUUCGUCUCUAUGGUUGCGCUCGACGCUCGGUCCCGAGCGUUAAACGCUGUGACGAUUUUCUUGUUAGCUGUCCGUCUUCCCGAUCGUCCUCUGUGGGUGGUAUGGGUCGGUACCGCUCAAACUAUUGCACGCUCGGGCAACUAUUUCUCUGAUGGAUAUAUCUACACUGAUCAUCCCACAACUAGCCGGGUUUCUUGUGAGGUAACUGUAGCGGAGGCAGCUGCAUUUAUUAUAUUCUUUGCUUUCAUCUACUACGAUACCGACGUCUCGUAUGUGAGCAUCCAAGCUAUCCGUGGAAAGGGAAUCUGGAUGUCUUCCAUCUUGUCGGCGGUCAAGCUCCACAUACUACGCAUGGAGGCUACUCUCAAGAUGCCCCCCUACAGCUGUACAACAGCUAUUCCGCCCAGCCCCUAG